AUGGCUCUUGCUCCCGUCGUAGAAGAGCUCCUGAAGCACGCUCGCAAGUAUGACAGCUAUGUCGCGAGCGGUAGGCAGUUCCCUAGCAACCGAAAGGACGAUGAGGAAUAUGUCGAAGCGCGCCAAGCAGUGAUCGAUGGUGCGCAGCUACUUCGCAUGUCGGCCAUGACGACCGAUCAACGACUUCAUCAGUACAUGACCCGUGCAUAUGACGUCGCCGUAAUGCGCGUCUUGAAUGAGGUUGACAUUGCCAACGCGGUACCAGUUGAGGGCAUCACGUUCUCUGACCUAUCCUUGGCUGUCGGGAUUCAUGAACGAGCUCUGGUCAAAAUCAUACGGAGUGCCAUUUGCCACGGGAUUUUCUGCGAGCCGACACCCAGCUUCGUGAAGCACACCGAAGUCUCAGAGAUGUUCCGUAUUCCUGGCAUUCGCUCUUUGUGCAAGUUCACCAUAGACACGGUGCUUCCAUCUAUGGAGAAACUACUUGAUGCCGCCAAAAAGUGGGACGGGUCGCAAGAUCCGUCGCACUCGGCUUUCAACAUCGCCCACAACACCACUGGGCCUAUGAACAAGUUCCCAGACGAGGCUUGCUUCAAGGCUAUAAUGAGCGCUGCCGAUGCCAAGGGUCUCUCUUCUUACCCGCUGUGGCAAGAGAUUGACAAGCCUGGCGCACUCUUUGUCGACGUAGGCGGAAAUCACGGGUACGCGGCCCUGGCUAUCGCCAAGGCAACGAAGCACAUUAGCUUUGUGGUCGAAGAUAUGCCUAGCAUUAUCGAGACGGCGAACAAGCAAGAACACCAGCCCGGGGGUGUGCUAGUCGACCCGGAAGCUGGCCACCGCUUGAAGCUGAACCCGUACGACAUAUUCUCGGGACCCCAGCCUGUUACAGGCGCUGAUAUUUAUUUCUUCCGCGCCGUCUUCCACAACUGGUCCGAUAUCAAGUGCCAGGAGAUCCUACGGAACAUACUACCGGCACUUAAACCUGGCGCACAUGUCGUUAUUUGCGAUAUUGUGCUGCCGGAUCGGUGCGAUAUAACAUAUGAACAGCACUACAGCCGAAUCUCUGACUUGGCCAUGUACGCGCUUCACAACGCAUGGGAGCGAAGCGCGGCCGAAUGGAAGGACCUAUUUGCUUCUGUGGACAAUGGAUUCCAGGUCCAGGAGAUGUACACGUUGUGGCCUGGUUCUUACCAGAAGUUCAUUCAUCUCAUCUGGAAACCUAGCGAGCCAUGA